GGAAUAGACUGUCUAUGGUUGUGUAUGUAUAUGCAUUUAUUGUUAGCUAGUAUAGUAAAGGAUUUGCCAAUUUUGUGAUUUAGAUAAAGUUGGGCAUGUAUGUAUAGUAGCACUUAUUUACUGACAAUUUAUAAUUAAUGAUUUAUAGCCAAAGGCAUGCAUUUUCAACAAACCAAACUAAGCUAUUAUCUACUAUGUCAGUUCACAGUAUAGUUGCUCUAUCUCAGUUCCUCCCAACUUCUGUUCAAAGGUGGCUUAAGGUGCACGGUAUAUCCAUGGAAUCUGAGAAGACCUCACGGGCAAUUGAAAAAAUCUGCUCCCUAAGAUGGAGAUUAAGUGUGACCUCCUUCCCUUUACCACCAAAGCCACUGAUGGAUCAGGCCAAGUUACUGUAGCAGGCCACCCAACAACGUCAACGCACCCAACAACGUCAACGCACCCAACAACGUCAACGCACCCAACAACGCACCACCUGCCAACCCACCUCCAUCUGGCAUCUGCAGUCUGGGACAACCUGAACAGGAAUUCAAAUGAUCAUUGACUGAUGAUGGCAUCGGGGCACUGGUCGUCUCCAAGGCGAUUCUUCAAAAAACCGAGCAGACCUAUUGCCGAGCUCGGUAACAAGGAAAUCCGCCAGCUGCUACCAGCAUGGGUCCGGACUCUCAGGCCGGACACGGCCGUCCCCGGGUACGGCGAUCCCGCCAAGAGACCUGCCUUCUGGUCGGCGGACGUCCCCUAUGCCCUGCCUUCCAAGAAACCUGCCGACUUCAAUGGAGUCACACUGAGCGUGCUGACUUUAACAGAAGCUGGAAAAGGGCACCUGGCAUUUUUGGACAUGAAAGAGGUGAUUGUGGCCUCAACACCCCAUGCCACCAACCCACAGACCAUCAGCUGGGCGGAGGUUAAGCUUCAGAGACGACACCAUGUCUCCGCGCUGCCUUGA